GAAAAAGAAAAAUAAUUAUGCGUUUAGUAAUAAUUAUGGAAUUUUUGAAGUAAGCACAUUUGAAAUUAUAGCACUACCCACUCCCCAUAGAUAACCCCACAAUCUUUUUCCAAGUUUUGAACUUUAUUUAUCAUAAAAUCAUUUUAUUUUUCCCUCUUUUUCACUUUUCAUUUUGAAAUCAUUCUAAGUAAGAAAUCCAAGAAAAAGAAAAGAAAAAAAAGAUAACCCUUUUAGCAGAGAGAAGAACACAUUUGAAAAUCAAGAACUGAAAAUGGGUGCUCUAGUUUUGGUGUUCUUGGCAGUUUUGGCAACAACCGUUUUGCAGGAAUGCUCUCUUGCCCUCACCCCAGAUGGUGUGACAUUGUUGGAAGUGAAAAGCAGUUUGAAUGACAGUAAAAACUAUCUGAGUAACUGGAAAGACAGUGAUGAAUCUCCAUGUAAGUGGACUGGCAUUUCUUGCAGCCCACAAGACCAAAGAGUUAUUUCUAUAAACUUACCUUAUAUGCAACUUGGAGGAACUAUACCUCCCAGCAUUUGUAAGCUCAAUAGACUACAAAGACUGGCACUUCACCAAAACAGUCUACACGGUUUGAUUCCCAUCGACAUUGCCCAAUGUUCGGAUCUCAGAGCACUGUAUCUUCGAUCUAAUUAUUUUCAAGGAGGGAUACCCUCGACUAUUGGGAACCUUUCUAUGCUGACCAUUCUCGAUUUAUCGAGCAAUACGCUUAGAGGUGCCAUACCUUCUUCUCUAGGCCGUUUAAAACAUCUAGCGUAUCUAAACUUGUCUACAAAUUUCUUGUCCGGUGAAAUCCCGGAUGUCGGAGCGCUAAGCAAGUUUCGAGACAACUCGUUUAUUGGUAAUUUAGAUCUUUGUGGUCAACAAGUGAACAAGCCAUGCCGAACUUCACUCGGAUUCCCCGCUGUAUUACCCCACGCCGAAAGUGACGAAGCAACAGGUUCAUCCACAGUUCGUACCCGAUCCUCCCACUACAUCAAAGGAAUAUUAAUCGGUGCAGUGUCGAUGUUCGCGUUUGCCAUUAUUAUGCUUCUCGGCUUUUCCUCGAUUUGGUUUCUGUCGAAAAAAGAAAGGGCUGCUAAGAAAUACACCGAAGUCAAGAAACAAGUUCAUCAAGAACCAAGAGCCAAGCUUAUAACUUUCCACGGCGAUCUUCCGUACCCUUCGUGCGAGCUCGUUGAAAAAAUCGAGUCACUUGAUGAAGAAGAUAUAGUUGGAGCGGGUGGAUUCGGCACUGUAUAUAGAAUGGUAAUGAACGAUUGCGGAACUUUUGCGGUCAAGAAGAUUGACCGGUCAAGGGAAGGUUCCGAUCAAGUUUUCGAGAGAGAGCUCGAAAUCUUGGGAAGUGUCAAACAUAUAAACCUAGUCAACCUACGAGGCUACUGUCGACUUCCUACGGCAAAGCUUCUUAUUUACGAUUACUUAGCUAUGGGAAGCUUGGAUUAUUUCUUGCAUGAUAGUUUGUCGGAAGAUCGAGUACUGAACUGGAAUGCUCGUUUAAGAAUAGCUAUCGGCUCCGCUAGGGGAUUGGCAUAUCUACACCACGAUUGCUCUCCGAAAAUAAUUCAUCGAGAUAUAAAAUCGAGCAAUAUUCUACUCGACGAGAAUUUGGAGCCUCAUGUUUCGGAUUUUGGUCUUGCAAAAUUAUUGGUCGACGAGGAUUCUCAUGUUACGACUGUUGUCGCCGGCACUUUCGGCUAUCUUGCUCCAGAGUAUUUGCAAAGCGGUAGAGCUACCGAGAAAUCCGAUGUGUACAGUUUCGGAGUGCUACUCUUAGAACUUGUAACCGGAAAACGGCCCACCGAUCCAUCUUUCGUCAAGAGGGGAUUAAAUGUCGUCGGAUGGAUGAACACGCUUUUGAGGGAGAAUAGGCUCGAGGACGUGGUGGAUAAAAGAUGCUGCAACGAUGCUGAUGUGGAGACCGUAGAAGUAAUUGUAGAAAUUGCGGGGAGAUGCACUGAAGCGAACCCGGAGGAACGGCCUUCGAUGCAGCAGGUUUUGCAGUUCUUGGAGCAAGAAGCGAUGUCACCUUGCCUCAGCGAGUUCUACGAGUCUCAUUCAGAUAAAUGCUGAUGUAUAUAUAUAUUCGUUUAAUGAGUCGAGUCGACUCGACUCGACUCGCGGAGUCGACUCGACUCACGGAUGUUUUAUUAUGAUUCUCCUAUGUUUUGGGACUGUAAAUUAUUAUUGCUUUCACAUCAGUGUGAAUGUGUUCAUUUUUAUGGAUGAUGAAUUUUGCCUUUGUAACGCACAAAUUGAUGUAGGGGUGUGUAUUAACUAAAUUUGAAAUGUUUGGGGAGGGGUUGUUAAA